GUGCUAGCCGCUAGCUUGUUAGCUUUGCGCUAGCUGUCAAUAAGAAGAGGAGUCGCCUGCUCCCCUGUGAUGUUUGCUAACCUCAGUGCUAACGAGAAAAAAAAAAAUGCUAAUACCAUUCAUUCAGCGGCUCCAUUUGAUUUAACGACGGUUCACUGCAACAAUAAUAAUAAUAUUCUGUCUUCACAUUAAUAUAAAGAAAACACGACUCAGUAACAAUUAGUAGAUGUUGUGAUGAGGGUGACAACCUGUUUAUAUGAGGGUGAUGUACACGUCAGCCAUGCUGUAUGAUCAUAUCAGGAUCUGCUCUGGCAGUGGCUCCAUCUUUACCCAGAGUGCUUGUGGAAUGGCAGCAGUUUGGCAGCAGGUUUUGGCAGUGGACGCAAGGUACAAUGCUUACCGCACGCCCACGUUCCCACAGUUCCGAACUCAGUACAUCCGCCGACGCAGCCAGCUGCUCAGAGAGAACGCCAAGUGUGGCUUUGAGCCGGGGCUGCGCAGGCAGUACCUGAGGCUGCGCAGUCAGCUGCUGGCCCUGCGCUACGGGCCCCUGUCCGAGCAGAGCAGCUUCAGGGCCAGCAGUGUGCGCAGCUCCCGCACCACACUGGACCGCAUGGAGGACUUCGAGGAGGACCCCCGUGCCCAAGGGGCUCGUGGUCACCGCCGGUCCGUCAGCAGAGGCUCCUACCAGCUACAGGCCCAGAUGAACAGAGCUGUCUAUGAUGAGAGGCCUCCGGGCAGUUUGGUGCCCACCUCAGUGGCAGAGGCCAGCCGAGCCAUGGCAGGGGACACAACUCUGAGUGAAAAUUAUGCUUUUGCCGGCAUGCACCACAUAUUUGACCAACAUGUAGACUCUGCUGUUCCUCGGCUGCAGUUUGCCAAUGAUGACAAGCACCUGCUUGCUUGCUGCUCACUGGAUGGCACCCUGUCCAUCAUGACGCUGUCCCCGUCUCCUCCCAGUGUGAAGGUGACACUGAAAGGUCACGGAGGUCCCGUCACGGACUUUGCCUGGUCUCUGAGCAACGACAUCAUCGUUUCAACAUCACUGGAUGGGACUCUGCGUAUCUGGAACACAGAGGACGGACGUUGCAUUCGAGAGGUCAGAGACCCAGAAUCCAGUGAGCUGCUCUGCUGCACGUUCCAGCCGAUGAAUAACAAUCUUACUGUGGUGGGAAACAGCAAGCACCACCUGCAGGUGGUGAACAUCUCCACCGGGAAGAAGGUGAAGGGGGGCUCCAGUAAGCUGACAGGCCGCGUGCUGUCUCUUUCUUUUGAUGCUCCGGGCAAGAUCCUUUGGGCUGGAGAUGACAGGGGGAGCAUCUUCUCAUUCCUCUUUGACAUGGCCACAGGGAAGCUGACCAAAGCCAAGCGUCUGGUGGUGAAUGAAGGCAGCUCCAUCUGCAGCAUAUCUGCUCGGUCCUGGAUAAGCCGAGAGGCCAGAGACCCCUCCCUGCUGGUCAACGCCUGUGUCAAUAAGAUGCUGCUGUACAGGGUGGUCGACAACGAGGGAACACUACAGCUAAAGAGGAGCUUCCCCAUCCAGCACGGCUCCCAGCUCGUUCAUAGCAUCUUCUGCCCCCUCAUGUCGUUCAGACAGGGGGCCUGUGUGGUGACCGGCAGCGAGGACGCCUGCGUCUACUUCUUCGACGUUGAACGCAACACUAAGGCGAUAGUCAACAAGCUGCAGGGUCAUGGAGGACCAGUGCUGGACGUCAGCUUCAACUGCGACGAGAGUUUACUGGCCUCAGCCGAUUCCACCGGCAUGGUCAUCAUCUGGAGGCGGGAGCAAAAGUGACUGAUCCACCAAUGAAAAUGCUUCCAUCUACUGCUUAAAAAGGCCUGCUGCUGCUCAACCGUCCAAUUUCACAAGUCUGCAGAUUUUCACUGGAAUGUAACAGGUGGCAUUAAAUGUUUAAUUUAACGAUAAGUGCAAUCAGAUUGAACGAUACGCUGUGUAGGUGGAGGGGAUGUUUUGGGGGGAGGGGGGUAAAUGUGUAUGUGUGUCAGUACUCCUACAGCUGCAGCUGAGAAAUAGCUUUUGGACAAAGAAAGAAGAGAGAAGCACUACUCCCAUGCAUGUGUCAUGGCUUACCUCCGACGGAAAUGACUGAAUUCAUGUGAAGAGAAUAGGACGUAAUCUUCUUGAGAAACCAACACUGUAGCGCACUGACAGUCCCUCUGGCAUAGAUCUAGUUCACUAUUUAUGUAACUGUUACUCAAGCAGUGUAAUCAAGUGUAGUGAAACCGCCUUAUUUGCUUUCAGUUCUGCAAUUGCCUGUUUGCAUUUGACCACCUGCAUGAUAUUGAACUCCGAAUCGGUCAUAGGCAUAUCAAAUUGAUGAUGACGAAAAAUAUACAAGUGUGUUUUUAAGUAUGUGUUUGUACUUAUCUGUGUGUGUGUGUGUGUGUGUUUUCGGUUUAUGCUGAUUCCAGAUUCAUAUAAGUUAUUU